AUGAACCACACCCCCGGACCUCCAGAGAAGUCGUCUCCAACAUCAACACCAUCAGUCCAUCUUGACUCGACACACGACAACUGCCCGCUGAAGCCAAAGAGACAGGGCGAUACCGUCGUCCGCCCAACCCCCCAGCAGCGCAAGGCUAUCCGUAGGGAAGGGGGCUUGCUAUUUGCAAAGAAGUACAGACGCCCAACACCCCCAAACAGCCAGGAAGAGACCGCUACCUCCUCUAAAGAGAUGCCCAACUACAGCUCUACCCCCUCAGGCCCAAAAAACUCCGACAGCCCGGCCCAGACCCAGCCCUCCGCCGACGAAGCUAUAAUUAAAGCCCAACUCAGCGAAUACUCCUCCUCGGACUCAACUAUCCGCCGUUCUAACCGCCACAAAACGCCCUCCCGGAAGGCCGCCGGUCUAUAA